GGGGGGGACUACACAACAAACCAAAUCUGCCAAAAAUCAACUUGAAAAAUGCCAACGGCAGAAAUGGAGAUCCGGGCCUGGUUGACAAAAUGGCGGCCAUAACCCAUGUGACUUACUCAUCGACAGAGGAAACCAUGGACCCAUACUGCCCCUACGAGGCCAAGGCGGGCACAGCAUGAACACCAGGUCGUGUGUAGGCAUAUCCCACCCUCAGAAGGUCGCAGGCCUGGCUUCAAGGAUGGACUGUGCACUGCUGCUCCUGUCCCUCAUGUGCGCUCUGACUGCAAGCGUGACGCCGCAGGCUACCGCAGNCUCGUGCCCGAAGAGACUCGUUGGAGACGAGCGGAGGAGGACGUGUCCCCGUCCGUGCAAAACCGACCAAGACUGCGGCAGCAAGCGGCAGUGUCUGUGCGACGGACAGUGUGGGCUCAGCUGUGUGGCUCCAGGUCGCACUUGCCCCUGGCCGCUGCCCCACCGAGAGGACGCCGUGGUUAGCAUGCUCUCCCCCACUCACUCCUUUUCCGCCUUCCUGGAAGUGCGAUGCAAGCCGGGCUUUGCCUUACCGAGUGGCCUGGACUUCACCAUUCGGCGUUGCCAAGGCGACCGUCGGUGGAGCGGAGAUGAGCCCAUCUGCACAGAAUCUACUCUCUCUGCACCGAGCCCGCCCUCCCCGACGUGCCUCCUUCCUCGGGAGGUGACGAGCGCCUUCGCCAUCGAGGGCACCGCCGCCGUAGGAACGGCCAUCCGCUACAGCUGCCUGUCAGGGGUCGACAUAAUCGGAAGCAGUGAGAAUUACUGUCAGGACAAUCGAACCUGGCAGUAUCCGCACCCCAUCUGUAAAAAGGUGUACUGUGAGCCUCCUCGCGAGGUGGCGCAGGGCUACGUGGUGGCCGUCCAGAAGACGGAGUACGAGGUGGGCUUUGACAUCCAUUACCUCUGUAAGAAAAACUUCCACCUGGAUGGACCGCAGACGGUCACCUGUUUGUCUAACGGCAGCUGGAGCUCGGCGCCCCCAUCCUGCAGAGCCCGCUGCCUCAUCCCUGCCAAGAGAAGCCGCGUGAUGAUUGACGGCGCAAAGCAGUGGCCUUCUGACAUCACAGACGCGAUGGUCCCUCACGGAGAGAACGUGACGUUCUUCUGCAAACACCCUCACAAGCAGUGCAGCUUCAGCGCCGCGCAGACGUGCUUAGACGGCGAGCUGCAGCCGCCGGCCUGCUACCUCGAGCCCACGUGGCUGCAGUAUAAACUCUUCCCUCACCGGCUCGUCUCCGAGAUUGAAGCGUGCGCCGACGCCGACGUGGAGACCUUCUGAUCUCGUAGCGCACUCGUGACACAUUGUAAUGCCGUCAACACCUGCUGUUGCUGUGGAUCAGAGGGAAAAACUCCCUGGUCUGUGACUCCCGGCGUAUGGUUUGAACCCUGUUCUGACAAUUUGCACCCAUCUCUUCCAGAAGGGAAGCUUGUGUGACACACACACACACACACACACACACACACACACACACACACACACACACACAC